AUCACUCCGGCCAUCUGUGGUGCUAUUCCUGAUAAGGACAAGGAUGGUAAUGAUCUGAGCGCCAAGGCAUAUCUUGCCAAGGUGGAGGAGAACUUUAAGAGUUCUUCCAAGACUUAUGCUAGCACCCUGAUCAUGAAGAUGCUGACUUCACAGUAUGAUGGGCAAAGUGGAAUCAGGGAGCACAUUAUGAGCAUGUGUGACAUGGCAAAUAAGCUGAAGACACUAGAUAUGGCUAUCUCUGAUGGUUUUCUGGUGCACUUCAUCAUGACUUCUCUGCCAGCACAGUACAGUCCCUUCAAAAUAAGCUACAACACUCAGAAGGCGACUUGGAGCAUGGUUGAGCUCAUUAGCUACUGUGUUGAGGAAGAAGAAAGGCAGAAAGCUGAGAGGAUGAAGGAUGCUGUCAACAUGGUCAGCGAGCGCUUUGGGCGUGUUAGCAUGAGCAACACUCCUAAGCAUCAGGCUGAGUCUGGCAGCAGCAGGCAGCAUAAGAGAAAGUUUAAGGGCCAUAAGAGCAAGGCCGUGUCACAUAAGAAGACCUCUAAUGAGAGGCUGUGCAAGUUCUGCAAGUCACCUAAACAUGAGCAGAAGGAUUGCCAUGGAUUUAAGGAGUGGCUUAAGAACAAAGGUAUUCAGUUCGAUCCGAACUAUAAGAGAGGGGGAGCGAAGUCUAAGAGUGGCUGAUGGCAAUGAAGUGAAGGUUGAAGGCAUUGGGAGCUUCAAUUUGGAGUUACCAGGCGGCUUCAACCUUAGUUUGCAUGAUGUUCUUUAUGUUCCCAGUUUGAAGAGAAACCUUAUUUCAGUUUCGCGUUUAGAUAAGUCGGGACAUAUUUGUGAGUUUGGCAACUCUGUGUGCAACAUUAAAUUUCAUAAUUUAAGUGUGGGCCUUGGUCAUUUGCAA